AUGAACAGAGAAGGAGAGAAGAGGAGCACAACCACCAAACCACAGAAGACUCAGCUGCCUGGCAUUCACAAAAAGAAGAAUGACAGAGGUGUGUGCGGGUCUGUGAAGGAGGUCAGCUCUAUGGCUCCUCAGGGGAAACGCGAGGGGAAAGUGUCCCCCACGACCCCGGCCACAGAGAGUCCACGGGGCCCCGGAGCGCACAGGAAACUCUCAGACGCGAGUAACACUUCAGAGGAGCUGAGUAACACUUCAGAGGAGCUGAGUAACACUUCAGAGGAGCUAAGUAAAGACUCUGGUUGUCUCUCUGCGAAACUGUCCUCCUCUGACAGCGACACAGAGUUAAGCUGGAUCGACGGCAGAGCUUAUGAGAGCCCAGACAGUGAGGGGAAAGAGGAGAAGGACAGAGGACUGGAGGCUCCAGGGCCCGGGCUGUGUCGCUCCUCUGGGGUUUACAUGGAGCUGAUCAUGAGGGACACCACAGAGGACCUGCACAGAGAGGUGGAGGAGCUCAGAUCAGAGAAUGAAUACCUCAAAGACGAACUGGAGGAGCUGCGAUGUGAGAUGUUAGAAAUCCGAGACUUGUUUCAGGAAGAAGAGGUUUACCAAAUACAGCAGUUACGACUUCAACUGGAACAGGCCAACAAGACCUGCCGCAUCCUGCAGUACCGCCUCCGGAAGGCAGAGCGGCGCAGUAUCCGAGUGGCACAGACGGGACAAGUGGACGGAGAACUGGUCCGAUCCCUGGAGCACGAUAUUAAGGUCGCGAAAAGCGUUUCCCUCCGACUGUAUAAUGAGCUGGAAGCAGUGCAGAAGAGGAAUCUGCAGCUGGAGUGGGAGAACGAGGCUCUCCGUGAGAAAACACAGGAGCUGGAGGUGGCCAAGCAAGUCCUGCAGGCGGAAGCUGAGAAGGCAAAAGAGAGCUCUGUGAGGAAGAAGAGCGUCAGAUCCUCCUCUGGUAAAGCUGAGAAGAGGCUGUCUCAGAUCGAGGAUGACAGCGCUGAUCUCCGGUGCCAGCUCCACUUCGCCAAGGAGGAAUUAUCUCUCAUGUGCAAGAAGCUCACAAAGUUGGUAUCGGACAGCGAGGGCAUGCAGGAAGAGCUGAACAAGUACCGCGCGGCUUACGGCGGGAUUCACAACGCCCAGCUGCCUGAAGGCCAACAGAACUCCGCCCGCGCCCGAGAAGCAGAGGUCAAAAGCCACUUGAAGCUGGUGGAAGAGGAAGCCACACUUUUGAGUCGUCGAAUUGUUGAGCUGGAAGUGGAAAAUCGAGGUUUGAGAGCGGAAAUGAGCGAUCUGAGAGAGAAGACGGGAACGGGAAUAGAGGAUCAAGAGAACACGCCAGUCGAGCAGGAGCGAGAGGGACAGACGCAAAAGGCAAGAGAACAAGGAGGUACGGAGACGGCGCUGAUUUCGGAAGGCCCUGGCUGUGACGUCACCAGAGAGGGUCCCGUGGGCGGCGAAUGGGACCCGUCCGACAAUCACGAAAGCAGCAGUGACGCAAAACAAGACAACCGUUUGAAUCUAACGUCGCAGAAAGACUACGACACAAUGCUGGCGCUCCGAGACCACUGUUGCAUUCUGAGCUCGGCUAUUCAACUUUUGAUGAUGCCCCCGAAAAAUGGCCACUGCUCGUCUCCCUCGUGCACACACGCUCCGAUGUUAGAAAACAAGCUGAAGAAAACAAGUUGCUUUUUCCCAGAGCCUUUGAAUGAGGCGUUGGAGCUGUUUCAGACCAUGCUCCUAGCUUUCAUCGGGAGGGUGGAGGCGCUGCUGGUGCUGGGGGGAGAUUUGGACCAAGGAGCAGCCCACACUGAGGUCCAUGUUUGGCAGCCGUGCACGUUCUCUUUCCCAUCUGGAGACAGCGCAGGCGAAAUUCAAAAGUCACCAAGUAAACAAGAGUGUGUGGAGGAUCUGCGCACGACGGAGGUGAAAGAGAGAGACAGACAGAGCAAACAAGUUGCCUUAAUGCAGACGGAUUCUGCGCACCGCUGCAGGGAUCCAAAAAUGCAACAAUGCCUGCAGAUCCUGGGGCUGCUGCAUCAGUGGUGCCAAGGAGAAAAUGAGAGCUCGGGCCAGGCCGGGUCAGAUCUGGCUGGCCUGUUGCGGGACGUGGCGGCGCAGCUCCUGGACGAGCCGAUCAGAUUUGACAGAGAGUCCAGAGCCGCGCGGGCCAAGGCGGCCGAGGUAAGUGUGCUGUUUACACUAACGGCAUGUGCCCCCCCUCCCCUGCUGCUGUCGCCCGGGCAACAGAGAGCGAGCCAAGGCGCUCCCACCGCUGAUCGCAGCCCUGGCGUCGUGAAAGCACUCGACACAGUAUUUAGGCUAAUCCACUGA